GGGGCGAUGUUAACCUUCAUCAUCAGCCAGAACAUUGCUUGCAAAAUUUGAAAUCUGGCCCUUCAAGCUGCUAAGUCCUUCGUUCAGUUUCAUCCAAGACAUUUUUCUUGUUUGACAAAUAGGUUCUUGGAGGUAUAAGAAAUGGGAUUACUGAAUUACCAUUGUUUAUUUACAAAAAAAAUUGGAUUUUCAAAGAAAAUCCACCUGCCAACACAACUUUAUUUACACUUUUGACUUUUGACAGUUUUGACUAGCAGUUUUCAGUUCUGACUGUUUCGACAUAUUUGAUGUUUCGUGACAAUUAGUUGAAAAUAGUUCAAAUGUCUCCUGAUUCUGAUCUUAAUUUCCAUUUCGAGGUUAUUUCAUAUUUGUUUUGUUUUUGAAAUGAAUUUCAAUGUAGUUUUCAGUAAUAAAUUGCUGAUAAUAUCUUCAGCGGCUGCAUUAUUAGGACCGUAUUACGCGUGGAAAUAUUUCAUCUCGGUCUAUAAAUCUUUGAGACGCCAAUACGAUGAGGAGGUCAUUUUUCAUGCAAGACAUGACUGUGUGGUAAUGUACACCGGAUCAAAAGGCAUGAGCGGUUGGCCCCCAUAUAAAGGAAGAAUAGUGCCUGACAUCACCAACGAGAACUGUUUAGAUGUGUUGUAUGAACCAAUGAUUUACUUCAUCAAUACUGCAGAAAAGAGUUUAGAUGUUGCUUGUAUGAUGAUAGGGAUCAACAAGAUAUUUGAAGCACUUAUAGUAGCUAGUAAGAAAGGUGUUAAAGUUCGAAUGUUGCUGAAUAGGGAGCACGUAAACAAUACUCAUAUGUUGUCAAAUGUUAGAGAAUGUAUAAGACAAGGAAUAGAAGUCCAGAUGUACAUAUCACACAUACCAGAGAUGUCCAGUAUCAUGCAUUACAAAUUCAUUGUAAAAGACCAUUCAGAAAGUGGUGGAUACUCUAGUGGAUACCUAUUCACAGGAUCAAUGAACAUAAAUAGGUCAGCAGUUAUGGAGAACUAUGAGGAUAUUGUUUUUAGUUCAGAUCAGUAUGUUGUAAAAGCCUUCCAUGAGAACUUUGAGAAGUGUUUCAGAUAUAUUAAAAUGGAAAAUGAAAGCCUGAAUCAGCAGUGGCUAUUGGAUAAACAGGACCUCAUUAGAGAAAGACAACAUGACUUAGCGAUCUUACAGGAAGAUGAAUAUCAGAAAAUUUUUAUUUUUUUCUCUAGUGUAAUUCAGACAUUGGGUGAACAACUUAAACUUAGACAACAAGUUAUAGCUACAGCAACAGUAUAUUUCAAACGAUUUUAUGCAAGAAAUUCCUUGAAAUGUAUAGACCCCCUUCUACUAGCACCCACUUGCAUCUUUCUUGCCUCUAAAGUUGAAGAAUUUGGUGUUAUAUCAAACUCUAGGCUGAUCACAACAUGUCAGACAGUCAUCAAGAACAAGUUUGGGUAUGCUUAUUCACAAGAGUUCCCUUAUAGAACAAACCAUAUUUUAGAAUGUGAAUUCUACCUCUUAGAGAAUUUAGACUGCUGUCUCAUUGUAUACCAGCCAUAUAGGCCUCUUCUACAAUUAAUUCAGGACAUAGGACAUGAAGAACAGCUGCUCACACUGGCUUGGAGAAUUGUGAAUGACUCACUGAGAACUGAUGUUUCCUUACUGUAUCCACCAUAUCAGAUUGCCAUAGGAUGUCUCCAAAUUGCUUGUGUAAUUUUACAAAAAGACCAUAAGGCAUGGUUUGCAGAAUUGAAUGUAGACAUAGAGAAGAUUCAAGAAAUUGCUAGGUAUAUUAUAAAUUUGUUUGAGUUAUGGAAGACUUAUGAUGAGAAGAAAGAAAUUCAAGGAUUGUUAGGUAAAAUGCCCAAACCAAAACCUGCACCUCAAAGAUGAAGGAAUCCUAUUUUAUUGAGUCAUUUGAGUAUUCACAUAUUCUUGUUCUCUAUAGAACUUUGCUGAGUAAGAUAUCUAUUCAUAAUCCACUUGCAACCUCUAAGCAAAUAUCCAUAAUUUCAACUUUCAUGAACAAAUUACAACCUGCUAAACAUUUCUGUAGGUACAUACCUAUUUAUGAGGAGUUCAAUUGAAUUUUAUAGAAUAAUAAUAAAUUCCUAUGUGUUAACUGAUUAUUUUAUAUAAUUUGAAACAUUUUGGAUUGAGUAUAGUUUGUUAUUCUGUAUCAAAAUAUUUUACUAGUGCCUAGUUUUAUGAAAACAUAUUUGAAAUAUUCUCACAAUAAGAAUCCUAUUGAAAUACAAACAUCAGUCUACUACUUAUGCAUUGUUUUCCUCUGUAGCUAACAAUUUCAUGAACACAAUAUCAUGUUUUGUAUAAUUCAUCAAAAUAUAGAAAGAGAAAAUGUAUGAGCAUGAAAAAGCUAUUUGGCUUUUGAUGGUAAUAAAUUGUGUCUCCUCAUAUUGUUGAGAACACCAUCCAAAGAAGCUGUUUUCUUUUUGGCACUUCCUUUAAGAGUUUCUUCUCCUUUAUUUCGGUUGAUUUUCAACUUUGGAGAUGUAACUUCAUCCAUAAAAUCAAAAUCAGAUUGUUCUUCAGGUCUGAAAACAAAAUGAGUAUAAACACAGUAUAGGAUAAUAUACUGUGAUGUAAUUACAGGUGAAAAGUAUACCCACUGUUUUGGAUAAUCUUCUUGGCCUUCUUGUUCAUCGAAUUCUGGUGACGGAGAUCUGUAUCCAGGACACUUCCAAUGUAGCUCUUGCAUUUUUCCGUUUUGAAGCAUUGUAUACAAGCGGUCUAUUUCUUCCACACCUGGCUCCCAUGGCCCUUUGCAAUCUUUGAAUUCCUCAUCUGAACACUCUAUAUCCCAAUCAUCGUAAUUUUCACCCAUAAUUCAGGAAAUCAGAAAUCAAAUUUCCUUUCAUAAAUGUAAACAUAAACAAGAGAAAUGUCAAAUAUUGACGUGUCUAAGUAUCGUGGCCAGGACUUUUUAGCCACUU